GAACCCCUCAAAUCGAAAAACAACGCAUGAAAAGCAGUCAUUAUUUAGCAGUCCUAUUUUAACCGCCACACAAUGUUCGAAAAAAAAAAGACUCCACUUCCAACGACGAAAGAAUUCAAACUUUUUUUUUUGCUGAUCUUCUUUUUUUUUCCACAAACAACUAAUUCUAUAAAAGAUGGAUGUCACCGAGAUCUUGGAAGCUCAUCAAGCUCAAUUCAAAUCUAUCACAGUCGAGAAGCUCGUUCCUGUUGAUUUCGAUAUUAACGUUUUAGCUGCUUUUGACACCAAUGCUUUAGACGAGAAAACCUUAAAGAGCAAGCACAACACUGAUAAAUAUCUUUUGGAUUUAACUAGAGACAAUACUCAAUUAAUUGUCAACGAACUUUUCAAGUUACCUGUCAACAGUGCCGAUGCUGGUGUUUUAGCCAUCUUACCUCACCGUAAGUCCAUUUUACCUCGUGAGAAACAAUUGCCCAAGGACAAGCCUCUUACUCGUUGGGAGAAAUUCGCCAAGGUCAAGGGUAUUCAAAACUCUAAGCGUGAGCGUAUGGUCUUUGAUGAAGAAACUGGUGAUUAUAAACCUCGUUGGGGUUACCAAGGAGCCAAGGCAGAAGGUACUGUGGAUCAAGAUUGGGUUAUCCCUGUGCCUGAUCAUGGAGAUCCUAUGGAAGAUCAAUAUGCUAAAGUGCGUGAAGAAAAGAAGGGUCGCUCAGAAAAGAAUGCUAAGCGUCAACGUCGUAAUCAAGAAGAAGGUACAGCUGCUACCCUUGCUGGUAAAAAAGAUAUCAAGGAGUUCAAGAAGCAUGAACUUCAAACAGCUAUUGCAGCCUCUAAGCAAUCUACUGCCAGUCUUGGUAAAUUUGACGCCAAAUUGAAGGGUGAACAAAAGAUGAAGGGUGUUACCCAUCAAUUCUCAGAGACAAUUGGAGAUGUUAAGGCUGAAAAGACUAGUUCAUUAGAUAUUCUUAAAAAGAUUGUUGGUAAAAACGACAUUGUAAAUACCGAAAAGGCUGUUCGUAUGCAAUCUAAACGUGAAUAUGCUGCCACUUUUGAUGCCAAGAAGAAGUGGGGAAACAAGAAGGGUGGUGAUAAAAAGUCAUUCGGUGAUAAAAAAUCAUUUGGUGACAAAAAGAAGGGUGGUAAACGAUAAAUUUAUCCCUUCGUUUUUGGAAUUAAAUAAUCCCCCUUUGUAGUCUAUUUCCCCCCAAUCCCCCCCUCACUCACUCACUCACCCUUUUCUUUUUUUUAUAUAACAAAAAAGAGUUUUUUUGUCUUUUUUUCUAUAUUGUAAAUAAAAAAGUUAUCAUUUAUUCAUUCUU